AUGCGUCGGACUGAACUACCAGGACCAUUGCGAAGAACAAAACUUGACACCACCAGAACUUCCAUUUAUCUUCAACAAAUUCCGAGCACUAUCGUUGGACCCAAUUCAUCUAUCCGUUUGAAACCAGACAUCUCCGAGAAGGUCGUUUGUGAAGUGGAAUUGACAAUCGUUAUCGGAAAAACAGCUUCUAAAGUGAAGGCAGAAGAUGCUUAUGAUUAUGUUUUGGGAUACACUAUAGCUCAAGACAUUGGAGCUUCUGACUGGGAGAAGAAUAAGAAUAUGGGACAAUUGGUCCUUGGGAAAGCUAUGGACACAUUCUGUCCAAUUGGUCCCUGCAUCACUACCAGUGAUGAGAUUGGAGACCCCCAAGCUUUAGGCAUACGGUGCAUUGUCAACGGAGUUCAGAAACAGAAGAGCAAUACAAACCAAUUCAUUCACAAGAUACCUGAUAUUAUUGCAAGAUUGUCCAACGUCUUCACUUUGUUACCUGGUGAUAUCAUCCUCACGGGUACCCCAGGAGGGGUAGGAGUGUACAGGAACCCUCCAGAAUUCCUCCGACCUGGUGACGUAAUCGUCAGUGAGAUUGAAAAGAUCGGUGUAA